GAAAGAAUUGGAUGAAUUGAGACAAGAAUUAUGCGAAACGAAAGCUAUAAACAAAAUAAAUGCCGAAAACUCGGAGACUAUUGAAAAUGAAACCAAAAAUGAUUCAAAACGGGAAAGUUUUUCGUCACAUAAUUCACACCCAAAUGAAAGGAAUUCGUUUGAAAUGUUGAGAACCAUUGAGAGGACACUCCCGACAGAAUCCAGUGAUAUAUUGAAACAAAAGUGCCGACAAUUGGCUUCAAAACACGAAGAGUGCCUUCAGUUGAGGAAGGAAAACGUGUCGUUACGCCGACAAACACUUCAAUUACAGUCCGAGUUAUUCGGCUCCCGAUUGGCGGCCAAGUAUUUGGACAAAGAACUGGCCGGUCGUAUACAACAGAUCCAGUUGUUGGGCCGGGAGGCCAAGGAUGCCGAUCACGACCGCCUGUGGAACCAAUUGGAGGCUGAGAUA